UAACAUUAAUUGUUCUUAAGGAAAAUAUAGUUGACUUUUUGUAACAUUAUGAAGCAUUAAGCUUAAUAACUUGAGACAUUGACGAUCGUUUAGACUUGGAGUUGAGGUGCCGAUUUAAAAAUGAGAGUUGCAGUCAUUGGUGCAGGCCCUUGUGGCAUAACUGCAAUUAAAGCCUGUAUAGAAGAGAGCAUAGAUGUCGUUUGUUUUGAGAAAACUGGAAAUAUUGGGGGACUUUGGCGAUAUCAUGACGAUGAUGAAUUGGGUAAACCAUCAGUAAUGAAGUCCACUGUUGUAAACAGUCACAAAGAACUGAGUGCUUAUACUGACUUCCCACCUCCAGCCGACUUUCCAAACUACAUGCACCACACUGAGAUGUUAAAGUAUCUUGAAAUGUAUGCUGACCACUUUCGAAUACGCCCGUUUAUUCGUUUUCAUAAUCAAGUUGUGAGUGUAUUUAGAGCCAGAGACUAUCAGGAAACGGGAAGAUGGACUGUCAUAGUGCGAAAAGUCGAUGAAAUGAGUGAAAAAUUUGCUGAAGAGGUUGAAGAAGAUUACGAUGGUGUCAUGGUGUGUACUGGUCAUCAUGCGCUCAGAAAUUUUCCUCAGUUUCCGGGGCAAAAAUUAUUUGGAGGGAAAAUUGUACAUGCCCACUCUUUGAAAACUUGUGAUGCUUUCAAGGAUUUAAGAGUGGUUGUCGUUGGUGCUGCAAAUUCAGGAUCAGACGUAGCAGUGGAAAUGAGCGAAAGAGCGAAGCAGGUAUUUUUAAGCACAAGAAGAGGAACUUGGGUUGUGGCCAGGCGUGGUCCCUUAGGAUACCCCUUUGAUCCUUCAUUAACUUGUCGACUCUUUUAUUUUAUACUGUCUCUUGUUGGGUAUGAUCUCUGCAGCUCCAUUCUUGAAAAGACUAUCGUAAACGUAGCUUUUGAUCACAAAUUAUAUGGCCUGCAGCCGAAACAUCGAUUUCUGAGACAACAUCCAACUACAAAUGAUUACAUGCCAUCAAAAAUAAUGUCAGGACGCAUAAUUAUAAGACCAAACAUAAAGAGAUUCACAGAAAAUGGCGUAGUUUUUGACAACGAAGAGUCAGCUACUCCUGUUGACGUAGUAGUCUUCGCCACAGGUUACCACAUCAGUUUCCCCUUCAUAAAGGAGGAUUUUGCCGAUUUCAAAGACAACAAAGUAGAUUUAUACAAAUAUAUGUUUCCUUUGUCUUUACAGCAUCCUUCGCUUGCUUUUAUAGGAUUAUGCCAGCCGAAUGGAGCAGUGUUUCCAAUAGCAGAUUCGCAGUGUCAAUGGUUCGCAAUGCUUCUUAAAGGCAAAGUGAAACUGCCUCCGGUAGAAACUAUGAUAGAAAACACGUGUUUGGAAAAGAAAACUAGGGAAGAGAGAUACGUAGAAUCACCAAGACACACAAUAGAGGUUGAUUACCUAACGUACAUUGACUCAAUCGCAUCAGAAUAUGGUGCAAAACCAAAUUUAUUGAAAAUGAUGUUUUUUGAUCCAGUUUUAUUUUUGAUUUGUAUAUUGGGUCCAAGUCUUCCGUAUCAAUACAGGCUUGAAGGUCCGCAUCCAUGGAGGGGAGCAAGAGAUGCAAUUAUGAAAUACCCAUUGCGGAUAACCAAACCGUUUUCAGGUAGUCAAACGAAUCCAUCUUUCACUCAUUUUCAAUCGUUUCAAGUUGCAUUACCAACUUUGCUUUUCUGGUUGAGUGUUACCAUAAACGUCUGCUUAGUUAUAAUGUUUCUGUUUUUAUAGUGAGUGUAAAAUAAAAAAAUACUCAUAUUUUUUAGAACUUUCA